GUUUGAUUUAAAUCACGGAAAUAAAUAUGUUAAGCUGAAUGUGGUCCCAAGCCGUUCAAACUACCCUGCUGCAGCACUCAUGCCCUGCCAGAGUAUAGGGCCCUUGGACCCUUUGAAACGUGGGGAAGCCACUUACAUUACGGCACAUGCCGCAGCGCGUUUCAUUGGCGCGCAGCGAUGUGAAGUUACUAAAUUCAAUUCUGGCCAACUUGUCAUGUUGCCGGUGUUUUGUUAGAUGGCAGCAAGAUUCAGUGUCAAGUCUUGACUUUCUGAUGCCGCUGCAGUGUUACUUGGUCACCGUCGGCAAUUGUCAUGUGCUGGGCAAAUGACAACGGCCAAUGGCUAUUGGCUAGGCUGAUUGUCCUGCUAUUCCUCGUCGCCUUGUUCCCCGGUGCCUCCAGCGCGUACGAGACCGUGUCCGACGACACAUUGCGUAGCAUCCCCGACGGCGGCGGGGAUUUCGAGAUACACUCCGGCGCACUACUCGCGCCAAUUCUGAUCCCCCGGGUACCUGGGACGCCUGGGUCGGAGACUGCGCAGCGACACUUCGUCGAGUUCUUCAGAAAAUAUCUUCCGGAUUGGCGGAUAGACUGGCACAACUCUACCUCCAAGGUCCCCGGUCCCGGCGAUCGAGAGAUACCAUUUACGAGCCUCGUAUUCACGCGCGACCCACCAUGGGCACAACCUGGUGAUGUAGGGCGUUUGACGCUGGCUGCGCAUUAUGAUAGCCUAUACAACCCGGAAGGCUUCAUUGGGGCAAUCGACAGUGCAGCACCGUGUGCUAUGCUCCUCCACGUGGCGAGAAGCAUAGAUGCGGCACUGACGAAAAAGUGGAAACAUAUGGAGGACAAUGGCGAUGCUGGCUCUGGGCUCGAGGAAGAUAAGGGCGUCCAGAUCAUCCUGUUAGACGGCGAGGAGGCCUGGGAGACAUGGAGCUCGACAGAUUCCCUCUAUGGCGCCAGGGCGCUUGCGGAGACAUGGGACUCGCAGCGUUACCCUUCCAUGUCAGCAUAUCAGACGCCUAUCCAGGCCAUAAAUAUGUUUCUGCUGGUAGACCUUCUGGGAGCACCGAAUCCCAACAUACCGUCGUAUUUUGAAAGCACACAUUGGGCCUACCAAGCAAUGGCCAAGAUAGAACACCGCAUGCGCGUGGUUGGUCUCUUGCAGACCACGUCAGCGAAGCCCUGGUUCUCCGAGUCCAAAAAGGUGCCAAAUCAGUUCAACCGGGGAUAUAUCGAGGAUGACCAUAUCCCUUUUCUAAUCAGAGGGGUGCCUAUCUUACAUAUUAUUCCUACCCCAUUUCCGAAGGUCUGGCAUAACAUGGAUGAUGAUGGCGAGCAUUUGGAUAUUGAAACGGUCAACGACUGGGCCAAGAUCGUUACGGGGUUUGCAGCCGAGUGGAUGGAGUUGGAGGGCUUCAUGGAAUCACCCAGACAAGCACUUCAGCCAAAGAGUGGUGAAGCACAUUAUAGAGAUAGAAAUGAGUUGUGAUACUCGAUCACAACACCGCAGAGCAUGGGCACCAAACUAACCAAACCACCGGUCGCAACAGCCGGACUAUGUAAAACCAACUGCGGCAUAGCUUGUUGUCUGAAAAUGUCUAGAAUAAGCUCAGGAGCGUGUGACUAUUAUGGCCAAUAUGCUUUGCGUCGACACUGCAAAAAAGCCCGCUGCAUGCCUAUUGAGAAGCUUUGACAAUUUUAUUGUUUCCCCUAUCCAAUUGACUGGGGUUGCGGAGCGAUGAACCUGACUACACUUAGCCCCAGAAACCCCCACGGCAACCCAACGUCGGGGAAGCUUGACUGGGCCUCCCCGAGAUCAAAUGUAUCAGAGCUUCAACCAAAAUGAGGUCACAGCAGAUUUGCCAAUUGAUCCCGUGAGCACUCGGGAACUUUCGUAUCCUUGAAUAUUGCUAAGUUACAAGUUUCCUUAAAUCGAAUGUUCAUUUCAGUGAUACAUUAAAUGAUUCACCUCCACCCCCCC